AUAUAUGUGGCAAACAGAAGACGAGAUAUGCCUCUACCCUCUCACUCUCCGUUGCAAACUCUCCGCUCACUCCACCGCCGCAUCCACACUUCCAUCGUACGCCACUUCAUGGCUGCGGCGGAGCCCAUAAUAAGCUCAUCCAACACGCGCGUGGGCUGGAUCGGCACCGGCGUCAUGGGCCAGUCCAUGUGCGCCCACCUCAUCCGUGCCGGCUACACCCUCACCGUCUUCAACCGCACCCCCUCCAAGGCCCAGCCCCUCCUCGACCUCGGAGCCCACUUCGCCCCCUCCCCUCACGCCGUCGCCGCCAACUCCGACGUCGUCUUCACCAUCGUCGGCUACCCCUCCGAUGUCCGCUCCGUCCUCCUCCACCCCUCCUCCGGUGCCCUCUCCGCCCUCCGCCCCGGCGGCGUCCUCGUCGACAUGACAACCUCCGAGCCCUCCCUCGCCACCGAAAUCGCCGCCGCCGCCGCCGCCAAAGGCUGCCACUCAAUCGACGCCCCAGUAUCCGGCGGAGACCGCGGCGCGAAGAACGGAACCCUAGCUAUCUUCGCCGGAGGGGAAGAAGCGACGGUGAAGCGUCUGGAACCGUUGUUUUCUCAUUUGGGGAAAGUGAAGUACAUGGGAGGGAGUGGGAAGGGGCAAUUCGCGAAGCUGGCGAAUCAGGUGACGAUAGCUUCGACGAUGGUGGGGCUGGUGGAGGGGAUGGUGUACGCGCACAAGGCGGGGCUGGAUGUGGGGUUGUACCUGGACGCAAUUUCCACCGGCGCGGCCGGUUCCAAGUCGCUUGAUUUGUACGGAAAGAGAAUCUUGAAUAGGGAUUUGGAUCCGGGGUUCUUCGUAAACCACUUUGUUAAGGAUUUGGGGAUUUGCUUGAAGGAGUGUCAGAAUAUGGGGAUUGCUUUGCCUGGCUUGGCUCUGGCGCAACAGCUUUAUGUGUCGCUUAGGGCUCAUGGGGAAGGUAAUUUGGGUACUCAGGCUCUUAUUUUGGUCCUAGAGCGACUCAACAAUGUUACACUUCCUCCCUCCAAUACCUGAAGAAAAUUUUAAACAUGCUUUGUAUUGUAUCCAUCAUCGUCUACUUUAUUUUACUUCCCUGCCAUUGCUAUGCAGUCUACAGAAUCGUAUCGCAUAAUAAAAACUUUCAAUCCCGAAGCUGAUUAUUGCAAUGAGCAGUGUCUUUUUUAUAUUAUUGGUGAUGUAAUCUAGACACCUAAUAUUAUGAAUGGAGAACUUGUUCAGUGAACGAACGCCCAAUUUCUAAAUGGGAAAAAUUAUGGAAAUUUUGUUUAAAA